UGAGGCGUUCUAAUCGUGUCACCGUCACUGAAUGAUUCUACAAUGGCGUCGACGGUUGAUUCUCUACUUGUGAUGUUUUAAAACUCGGAGGGGUCUUCAGAGGCAACCCUUCCAAGGUUUAAAACAAGAUCCAAACAGAGCUGGAUUUAUCACGAUAGAGUAUACCUCCUUUAAAAAGUGAUAAUUUGAUUGUUGGGGUCUCACUACCCCAACAAAGUUUUACCCGUUAUCGACGCAAUAUAAAGACUCGACGGAGAAGUGACUCAUCAUUCAUACUCUCCCUUUGAAGUAGCCGCCGAAUAAGCUUGACUGACAUUUUGUGAACCUAUUUCAUCAUUUUGUGAAAGAACCAAAAAAUGUGCCAUUUAAUUCAGUGCUUUGUUUAGGGGCUGCUAGUGCCUUCCGUAGUUCCUUCAGGUGUCAAGAGAGUUUAAUCAAGGGAUUCCAGUGCCAUUUCUGUGAAUUUCUACCAACUUCUCUCAGCUGUUUGUGGUUUCCCCGCUCUCGGCACACCUGCUUUGGAUUUAUGGUGGUGUGAGCUCGUGACUACUUAAACCUCUAGAAAUCAAUUGUUCAUAAUGGCGAGAAUAUCGAACUUUUGUGUUGUGUCAUUUAAAAACAUUAAGGACCUUGGUGCUUUUUCAGUGGUGUCUGUGAACUCUAAUCAUCAAGCCUGAAAGUUCUUCGAAAUAUUCGGACGAGUCUUGAUCUUACUUCCUGUCUGUGAUACUUUUGUUUAUCUGUGAUAUUGCGCCACCAAAACUCAAUUCCAAUACGUAUAAUUACAAGAUGUCGGGGUCCAGAUGCAAUCACCGUGCUGCUCAUUACACUGUGUCGAAGUCUUGUGAUGAACACUUGUAAAUAUUUGAUCUGAUUUGAACUUAACAGCAACAUGGCCAAAGUACCUCCUCCUCUACCUCCUACACCUUGCCCUACUCGUAGUAGUGGUCAAUUGUAGCAUUGGCCAUUUGAUGUGAAGAGAAGGACUUCCAAUUAAAAAAAAAGGCAGCAGUUCUCUAACACAUCAGCAAUAAAUUGGUGCUAUUUUUUGCAAUUUUUCUGUAAAGUUGUAAAGUAUUAUUGAAUUGUUACUGUAAAGAGAUCUCAACAUCAGUGGCUUACACUACUGUUCCACUUCAUUAUAACCCUGUAAAUCUUUUGCUACUUUUUUUACUUUCGUCAUUCCUAUUCGGUUCUAUGAACCGGCAGCACCCAAGGCCACGACUAAACAUAAGUCAUGGGCCCCAAAAGAAAGUGGAAUAUGAGCCACCACCAAACUUAGGAACGUUAUCACCAGAUUUACAACCAUGUUCACCUCCAUCGUUUUGUUUGCCGGAAGAAGAAACUGCCACUAGUCAAGAGCGGUUUCUACAAAUUGGCAAAUAUGUCAUCCAUCAACCCAGUCCUUCAUGUGAAAGCUGUACAGCAAUUGACCAAAGCACAGGAGAUGAAUAUUUGUGCAAGGUGCUCCCGCUGUCUAAGUACCGGUCGGCGCUCUCAGCUUACUUCGCCACGGAUGGCCACCCGAAUGUGGUCAGCGUAUGGGAGAUCAUCCUGGGCGAGACGAGCGCCUACGUGUUUUUCCAGCGUGGCUACGGGGACCUGCACUCGUACGUGCGGGAGAGGAAGCGUCUGCGGCAGCCCGAGGCUCGAACCUUGGCGCGGCAGGUGGUGGAGGCCGUCCGACAUUGCCAUGAGAGCGGGGUAGUGCUGCGAGACUUAAAGCUGCGCAAGUUUGUCUUCAAAGAUAAGGAGAGGACUGAGCUUCGUUUGGACGGCUUGGAUGAUGCCAUUGUUCUGGAAGACGACGAGGCAUCGGACACACUCACCGACAAACACGGCUGCCCAGCCUACGUCAGUCCUGAGAUCCUGUCGGCCCGACACGGCUAUUCAGGACGGAGGGCGGAUCUGUGGAGCCUCGGUGUGAUGAUCUACACGAUGCUGGUGGGCCGCUACCCAUUCCACGACCGCGAGCCCAUCGUCUUGUUCGACAAGAUCUGCCGCGGCAUGUACAAGAUUCCCGACUCGGUGCCUGCCCGGGCCAAGUGCUUGGUGCGCAACCUGCUGAGGCACGACCCGAAAGAGCGUCUGAGCGCUGCAGAGGCUCUGGACCACCCGUGGUUCACGCGACGGGAGAUGCCGGAGCCCCUCAUUCGCCCCGCCCCCACACAGAAGGGUGUGGACCAGACGGUGCCGGACUAUGAUUACAAUGGUCACGACGAGGUUCUGGCUGCCGGGCUGCCUCACUGAAGCAGCUGCAGCAACGGGAUGCCCUCCCCUGUACCCCCUCCCCCCCUCCUGUUGUGGUAGCCUUUGUGUUGUUCCCAGCUUUGAACGGAAAGUUGACAAAUUCGUGACGUGUGCUUGUCACUUCCCCACCGUCGUCUCCUGAUGGUCUGUCACCUACCAGGCGGAAAACUCAACGAAGAGCAAUGCGUCUACUGCAGUUUGCAUGCUUUUCUGAAAAAUAACAAAAUGCACUGUGCUGUAACGACACAGUAAUUGUGCAUAGAAGACUACGGGCUUUCUGUGUGAGCUCACGAUUUGUGGCUCACUGUGUGUUGUAAGAUGUGGUGUAGGAGGUAGAGGAGGAAAUCUUGAAGUGACCUUGCAGCUGAGCUUCUUAUAGAAUUAAGAGUCCCCCUGUGCUGGACUCUUGUUUAAUAGACCUUUAUAUCUGUGUUUUGUGCAUCUGGUCCGGUUCAUAUAUUAUAAUCCUUGUCGUAUUUGUAGUCUUAGCUUCUUUGUGACUUUUUUUUUUCUUUAUCCAUUUGUUCCAUCAGUGGUAACAGAAGACUUUGGUCGAGUGCCUGUAUCACGCAGAUGUAGUCAUUAAAAAAAAGGUAUUUUAAAAAAUGACAUAAAAAAAACGAAAAAGAUAUAUUGUUAAAAAAAAAGUGUUUUAAAAAUUCACAGAUUAUAAUCUUGAAUGUACUUUAUCUUGUUAGAGAGUAUUAAUCUAUUCUUAGUGUACAGUAUAUCGGAUCUUGAUAUGAGUGGGAAGUGAUGAGGUUGUUGCGACUGAGG